GUAGAGCAAAUAUCCCAUUCAGGAUGUAAACAAUCCCUCGUGUGAUCUUUGUUUAGCGAGGAGCCGUGCACGUACAAUAGUGGAAGGACCAUACUUGAUACAGAACGAGAUGGAAUAAAUGAGGGAAGAGGCCACAGCCGUUUUGCCCAAGGCAAAACGGCACUACCAUAUAUACAUGACUGAGCAAAAGCAUCAUUCUUAACCUGAUUAUACUCUGAUUGUCAGCGAUGAGCAGAUGGGACGAGUGAUUGACCAAAAUAUAUGAAUCUGAUCAAGCUUUUCGAGAUCGAGCUGCCUGAGCUGGAGGAGAGGUCUUACGCGAUAUAGAGUAGGCAUACGGACUUCCUUUUCAACCAGCCAGCAAUUGCAAUGGGUUUAAAUUGACUUAAGUUUAACUCAACUGAAGACAAUCCCGUGAAGUUGUUACCAUUUAAAUCCCAUGAGCAUUGUCGUUGAUGUAAGUCGACUAGACUGGACUGCAGAUGAUUUUGAAAAUUCUUGGUGUCCGUCCUGUUAGUACUGUUACUGUUAGUAAGGAGGACAAGUCUCUUUGACUUGAGCUGAGAAAGAGAGGAAUAUAAAUCAUGGACAUAACAAGUUCAUCACGCUUGGCGACUUCAAGGAGCUUUGCAGCGGCCAGCGUGCCCCACUUACAUUGGCAUCCCUUGCCUUCGUCAGCCCGACCGCGAUCGAGGACUGAGACAGAUAGAGGUGUUCCAAGUGGUCACAAAGGCAAAGCAACCCAUCGUCAUCAUCAUCCACCACAUCUUGGACACUUGCAUGGCAGUGGCAAAGAGACAAUUACAGAGCCGCAAAAUGUGAGAAGGAAAUCUGACACCAAACAUGGCGGGGAAAUAGGAAAGAUCAGUGAUACUGACAAGAGUCUCCAUCACAGAUAUGAGCAUCAUCACCCUUUUCAUCACGAUGAUGUCACACCAUUGCAAAGAUCAAUUGCAUCAGGAGUUGGGACAGUCUUCAUGUCUGUCACAAUGAACCCUCUUGAUGUUGUUAAAGUUAGACUUCAAGCUCAGCACAAAUUACCAACUAAAAAUUCAAAUUCCAAUUCAACCGGAAACCAUUCAAACCAGGUAGGGAGAAUGUCCCCCAAACCCAUCUCAGGAAUCUAUAGAGACCUUGCCACAUCAUCUUCAUUAGGGGAGAAAGGAUACCAGCCAAAGCCUGCCAGACUCACUGGAACUGUUGAUGGAUUCAGAUCGAUCAUAAGGAAUGAAGGUUUCACAAGACUAUGGAGCGGUCUUGUUCCAACUCUUUUGAUGCGGAUACCAGCCAACGUGGUAUAUUUCUCAGUUUAUGAUGGUCUCAAGAGUCAGUUAGGAUUUGAAUCCCGUCACUCCAGUGAUCUUAAAAGCAUCCUCAUCACUAUCUUUGCCAGCGGAACUGGAAGAACCAUGUCGAUUGUGUUGACAAGCCCUCUAGACCUGAUCAGGACCAAGUUAUAUUCUCAGUAUCUGACGUACCCUGAGCUAGUUGGUUGUCUUAGGUCUGGAUUCCAAGCAGAAGGUAUCUUCUCUCUCUGGAGGGGUGUUGGAUCAACUAUUCUCAGAGAUGCUCCUUAUGCAAUUCUCUAUUGGACCAACUAUGAACUGCUCAAAACCCAGGUCAUGAGAGUGUACAAUGUGACGGAACCAACAGUUGGAAUUACAUUUUGGGCUGGAACAGCAUCAGGGGUGUUUGCAUCUAUAGUCACAACACCAUUUGAUGUGGUGAAGACCAACAAGCAGGUAGCGAUUGGCGACGUCACAAGUGGUGCAAUGAGUACAACCAGACAGAAUACAUUGCGAAUGAUGCAGCAAAUACGAGCUCAGUCUGGUAUCAGAGGAUUAUUUGCUGGUGUGGGACCUCGUGUUGCAAUGUCAGCACCAGCUAGUGCAAUACUGAUCACAUGCUAUGAAUUCACCCUGCACAUGUUCCGAGACUAUAAUGAAAGACAAUGUGGUGGCCUCACGUGAGAUGACCUUCCCCUCAGGAUCUAUUCAUCAAAGAAAUAUUACACAAAUUAUAUUCACUUGGCAGUAUCCAGCAUCUAUUAUUUCUUUAAUUCACAAAGAUUCAGGUAAUAAAUUGAACAGCUUUUCCCAAAGAUUUAUUUCAUAAUUUCCCCAUUGGAUAUGUAUAUAUAAAGACACUUGUGCAUAAUUUUUUUUUUUUUCAGGUACGAUAUUUCCUGAAGAAAGUAUAUAUUUUGUUUCUUAUGAUGAAAUAAACAAAGCAAUGCUUACUUAAUACCUUUUGUGUGAUUUAAUAAGUAGUAAUGAUUGCAUCUAUAUCUUCCUACAAUUGAGCCCACAAGAUGUUGUUGUCAGUGGUGUUUUUUAGAUUGAUUCCCACCAUUCGUUUUAAUCAAUAUGUGUGCUGAUAUUGUCCUAUCUGCUGUCUUCCAGUGAAGUUAAGUUCCUUUGUUGUCUUCAAUUUUUUCAUUGCCUAAAAUCCUGUAGGCCUUACAAAUACCCUUUCCAUGAACAUUUGUAAAUAAUUUAUGAUGAGAGAUAUGACGAAAUAUAAUUGCUUAUCAUUCUUCUAUCACCAUAUUGAUGGGUUAUGAUGAAAUUUGCUUUAAUGGGUGAUAUUAUAGGAAGGUUUUGUUGAUGUAUUUUGUUAAGCACAGGGUUAAAUGGUCCAAGAUGGUUUAUCUCAUUGAGAAUGGUGGGUGUUUCAUAGCUGCUUGUAAGUUAUAAAUAACUUUACACAUGACUGGGGACCUUUACUUGUGCUUCAGUAGCUGACUAAGCAUCCGAGUAUGUGUUCCAUUCAUGGUGAAAGUCAUGUGUAAUUUUACAAGCAGGUUUAUUUGAAACAUCCAACAGGACAUCCUUGCACAUGUAGCUUCAUCAGAUAUGUCUUUGAAUUGCUGGGACAUUGUAAUGACUUGCCCUAUUCAACAAGAAUUACUUUCCGAUAAUCACCCUAAACAUGGAUUAUGCAGUAACCAUUGACUGAACAGUAGAAUCAGGGAACCCAAUCCUUGAUAGUAAGGAUUUCAUUUGAUUUAGGGGUCUUGAGGUCAAAGGUCAAGUUCUCCAAAAUCAUUUUCUACAUGAUUUUGGCCUGUCCCCACUAAAGAAUCUUGAUGGAUCAAAUUUGAUCUUGUUUCCAAUGUGCAUAUAUAUAUUGGAGUGACUGAUCUUUAUUGAAUGAAUGAAAUAUUACCACUGACCACAAAAUGACCAAUAGAUUGACUUAGUUAUUGCUACUUGAUAAGAUUGGACUUCUCAUCUUGAAUCAAAUAAAACAAAAUAUCAUGACUAUGAUACCUGACCUUGAGAUAUUGAAUUAAGAUUAAGGUUGAGAAUUAAGGUUGAGUUAUUGCCUUUCAGAAAGUGCAACAUUAAGUUAUGUUUUUUCCCUGUUUUAUUUUUAGUUAUGUAUUUGUAAAAAAAAUUGCUAUUCGUUUUGCGACAUCGGUCAUUUUGUGGUGGAAGGUGAUUUAAUAAUGCUGUAAAAAUGGGUACAAUGUUCAGGGUUUAUGAUCGUCUGACUGCCUGCGCAUAUCAUCAUUGUGAGAAUAAGAAGAUCAAUAAUUGAUGCAGCAGCACUAAAAAUUAUAGAUUAUUGAUUUACAAGUUUGAUAUCAUUUUGAGCAGCAAGCAUGUGAGGUUUAGUUGCUGCAAGUCAUAUAUUUCUGAUAUUAGUUAGCAUUAGUUCUUAUUGUACAAAAUGUGUAUUUGAAUGCGACAAGUGCAUCUUUAGAAAUUUGAGAGAAAUCGUAAAGAAGACUCUAUUUAUGUAUAAGAAGGCACAUUAUUUUGUUUAUAUCCCACCGCCAUAAGUAUUUUUUUUCUUUACAUGUUGAGGUAUCAUGUGGAUAUUUUAUGAGUAUUGGGUAAAGUAAAAAUUAUAGUUUUCUGGUGUUAAGUACAAGGUUAUUGUUUAUAUCAGGCUGUGUUUUAAACUAUGUUUUUUGUGCUUUUUAAAUGUUCUUUUACAAGAAUGGAUCUGCAAUACAGUGUUUCAACUCUUGACUGAAUUCACAAAGGUGGUUUUGAAUCCAUGGUUUGAAAUGAUAGUUUAUGCAGACUUAUUGCUUUGAUUAUGCUCAAUUCAGCACAUGUAUUGAGAAAGCAUCUAAUAAUGAAUGUACAUUUUUAUUUCAUUGCCUUAAAUUAAAUUGAUGCUUUACUAAGAUAACAGCAAUAAUGUGUCCACUGUUUAUAUUGAUUAAUUUACAUAAAUAGUGGGCUCAUUUACACAGUAACCAUAGUGAUCAAUGUGCACUGUGAUAAAACAUCAAAUUUUGAACAUUUUCUAAUUAUACACACUAAAUGAACCAAAUUAAGGAUUAUUUCUCCAUAAACAUGGUUUCAAAUAAUGAAUUCAGUAUCACCUUCAUGCAUUCAGAAUUUUAUAUUUAGUAAGUUUUAAUUUUUUUCAAUUAGAUUUUGGUUUUACAAGCUGUUGGGAAUAGCAAUAUGACUAGUUCACACUGCGGGCAGUAUGAACUACAAAGGGAAUUCUCCUAUUUUUAUUCUUUAUUUUUUGUUGCCAAUGAGAUUGAUUUUCAUUAGAAUGCACCAAGCAAUUCUCAUCUUCUAUGACAAAGUUUUAGGGAAGCCACCCCCCCUUAAACAAAUCCAUCUUCUAUAUGAAACAUCAACUCCUCUGGCACAUCUCUAACAUUCUACAGGCCCUUUAUCGAUGGCUCUUAAAAAUGACAAGUUUUGCAUUUUAACAUGUAGCAAAAUCUCUCACCCCUUGACAAUAAUGAAAGACUAAUGAAUAGAUUGAUUUGUGAAUACAUAAAGAAGUGAUCAAUGGAAAUAUGUAAACAAUUUUGGCUCUCAGAAUUCACUGAUUGCAACAAAUCAGACUCUUCUUUUACAAACAUGCUUUCCCAAAAAUUAGCUCACAUAUUUUGUGUAGCUUUUGUUGUUUUGUUUGGCACUUUCGUUCUCACUACUUACAGCUGAAUGUUUACUCUUGGGCAAUAACAUUUCAUUGAACCUAAAGUAAAAUACAAGAGUAAGUUUUGAUACACCAGCUCAUAUUGAUUAUUACCAUAAGAGGAGUGUUUAAGAAUUAUCCAGGAAAAGUAAUCAUUGAAAUCAUUGUUAUUUGUUAACAAGAAGAAUAAAAAAGAGACAUCCUUUUUCACUUUAGAUUUCUGUAAAAGAAAAGUGAGCAUUUUAUUAGCAUGUUUAGCAGUUUUCACAUAUUUACUAAUUUAAGAGAAUCAUUGAGUAUUGGGGGUAUUUUAUAAUCAACUCACAAUAAUUAAUAUUUGGGGUCAAAUUGGGUAGUGAUUUGUGUGUAUCAUUUUUUCCUAAGAUUUGUUCUGUUAGUUUAAAGUUAGAUUGUGGACAAGUAAAUGUCCUUUUUUAUCUUAUGAUGUAUCACUUUACCUCUUUAUUUGAGAUAUUUUAGUGUAUCUGUUGAGAUCAUUCAAUUUUAUUUAUUGAGUCUUAUAAGACUGUAAGUUACAAACAUAUGUAUACUUUAAUAAUAAUAAAUGCAAUGUAUUUAUACAGCGCUUAAAGGGAUGGUCCGGGCUGAAAAUAUUUAUCUAAAUGAAAAUAGUAAAUUUCACAGAGCAAAAUGCUGAAAAUUUCAUCAAAAUCGGAUAACAAAGUUAUUGAAUUUUUAAGUUUAUCAAUAUUUUGUGAAAACAGUUAUAUGCACAUCGUCGUGAAUAUUCAUUAGGUGGGCUGAUGAUGUCACAUCCCCAUAUCCCUUUUCCUUACGUUACAUGAAAUAAUAAAUAUGUCAUUUUUUCAUGCAUGACAGUAAAUGAUGUUUCUCCACUAUGAUGAAAUAAGUUUUGGCAAUAAAUACCAAUGCACUUAGUCAGUAAUCCAAUUGUUUUAGUUCUUGGUAGAAACAUUUUGAAUUAACCUAAUUUCAUAUAUUGAAAUACAAAAGAACAAGUGGAGAUAUGACAUCAUCAGCCCACCUAAUGAAUAUUCAUAAAGACAUGCCUAGAACCGUUACACUGGAAUAAUGCAAAUCUUUAAAUUCAUUAACUUCGUUAUUUUUUAUCAGAUUUUGAUGAAAUUUUCAGCAUUUUGACUUUAGAUUUGCUUUCAGAUUUUGAUCAAAUUUUCAGCAUUUUGCUCUGUGAAUUUUACUCUUAUUUAUUGAAAUAUAAAUAUCUCCAGCCUGGACCAUCCCUUUAAUACAUGAUGUCUCUAAGUGCUUUACAAAAAUGAUUAGCUAACAUAUAAUUCUCAUUAAUCAUAGUUGUUUCUUCCUAUUUUGAGAUUAUUUUACAUUAUCAGACUAAGAAUUGAUAUUGUGUCAUUCAUUGGAUGAUUCAAUUUUCAAAACACUUGCUUGAGGUCUUAAAUGAAAUAUGACUGUUUGGCUUCAGUUUAUGAGAGGGGCAUAUUUUAUUAAAAUGUAAUCAUUAUUAUUUUGAAGAAAAGAUAGAAUUGUAUUAUCCAACUCUACUUGCUGACUUUUUGUCUUGAAAAUUCUCAUGUGGACAGCUAAUGAAUAGUGCCUGUGUUAAUUCUAUCCGUGUCCAUUUAUAUUACAUGUGGUUGAAAUUUCCGACGUUGGGUUAAAGCUUUAUAAUAAAUUAUGGAAACAUCAUUUGUCAAACCAUAGGGUAUGUGUUUUAUGCAUGUCGGGGAUUUACCUUUUGUGUGCAUUUUGUAUAGAUUAACCUGAAAUAAUGUUCUUAAUCUUGAAUUGAUUGAUGGCCUACCUGUAAAAUGUUUUUUUUCGCUAUUGGCUUGACGAGUAUUAAAAAAAAAACCUGUGUAAAUAUUUA